AUGGAAUCCCUCCAGGCCUUUAAAUUUUGUUUCCAGAAAGCUGUGAGGCUGAGGGUUGGUGCUCAUCGCAUCUGCUCUUCCCAGACUGUCCGCCACUUCUCGGUAUGGGAGGAACAGCCGCUGCUAGAAAAUGGGUCCCCCAGUCAGGCUGGCCCCAAAGAAGUUCCUUGCCUGCAUGUUGAUGCUCACCUCUAUAGGGCCAAAAAAGGGGAGGCUGCCCAGCCAAGCCAGAAACCACUUCCAGCUAGCAAACCCUGCAGAGAGCACACGCCUCCAACUCCAUACCGUGGCUGGUGGAAGCUGCCCACCAAAGGUGCGCCCACCAGUGGGGAGGAAUUCUGGAACCUGAGAGACGAUGACUUCUCCAAAAAGAAGGGACAAUCACGGCCCAGAUCUUUGCCUAUUGAAAGGACCAAAGGCUCGGAGAUAUUGUUUGGGAUUGCGCCCUGCUCCUUGGCACUGGGGAGGUCCAAGAGGGACUUCUUCAGGCUCCUUGUCAAGUCCGGCAGCACCAGUACACGGCCUGCGAUGAAAGAACUAUCCCAGCAAGCGGAGGCUCGUGGUAUCCCUGUGCAGCUGGUUCCACGGAAAGUGCUGGAUGCCCUUUGUAAGGGAGGGGUCCACCAGGGCGUUUGCUUGGAGGCCACGCCCCUUCGUCCGAUUCGCUGGCAGGAAGGGUCCUCCCGUGAGGCUGAGGGGGCCACCAGCGAGAAGUCCCUGCUCCUCUGGCUGGCCUUGGAGGGGAUACAAGACCCCAUGAACCUGGGGGCAGUUCUGCGGUCUGCUCACUUCUUGGGUGUUGACGGGAUUGUGAUGAGUCAAAGGAACAGUUGCCCUCUGACGCCUGUUGUCAGCAAAGCAAGUUCUGGGGCCGUGGAAGUCUUGGAUGUGUUUGGCACUGACCAUCUCCAGAGCUUUCUUCAGGCAAAAUCUGAACAAGGUUGGGAAAUUGUUGGGACGGUCGGCCACACCACAGCCCACGAUGAUGUCCCUGUUGAGAGCUGCUUAGACUUUCUCUGGACGAGGCCCACAGUCUUGUUACUAGGGAAUGAAGGCUAUGGGCUUUCCCCGGAGUCUAGGAGCAUGUGCCAAAGGAUGCUAAGCAUCUUCCCAGGAAGACCGCUACCACCCGGAAUAGAAUCGUUAAAUGUAUCCGUUGCAGCAGGGAUUCUUUUGCACUCCAUAUGCAGCCAAAAAAUUAAAGCUACAGGAAGCUUUUCUUCCUUCUGCCUGGGAAAAACCCCUGAACAGCCCAUCCUUGAAGAUGCUUCCCCCAAUAGGCCGUGA